CACAGUCAGGCAGAGCCUGUACUCCAGCUUAGUGUUCAGUAAGGCACAGACGCUCCAGUCUCUCUCCCACUCUUCUUGAUUUUCAUUCGGAUUUUUUGUUGGUGCCGAACAGCAAUAAGCAGCCAUGGAUGCCAUCAAGAAGAAGAUGCAGAUGCUCAAGCUCGACAAGGAGAAUGCCUUGGACAGAGCUGAGCAGGCUGAGGGAGACAAGAAAGCAGCAGAGGACAGAAGCAAACAGCUUGAGGACGAUUUGGUAGCUCUGCAGAAGAAGCUGAAGGGAACUGAGGAUGAGUUGGACAAGUACUCUGAGGCUCUUAAAGACGCCCAGGAGAAACUUGAGUUGGCUGAGAAGAAAGCCGCCGAUGCUGAGUCAGAUGUCGCUUCCCUUAACAGACGUAUCCAGCUGGUUGAGGAGGAGUUGGAUCGUGCUCAGGAGCGUCUUGCUACUGCCCUGACCAAGCUGGAGGAGGCUGAGAAGGCUGCUGAUGAGAGCGAGAGAGGCAUGAAGGUCAUUGAGAACAGGGCCAUGAAGGACGAGGAAAAGAUGGAGCUGCAGGAGAUCCAGCUCAAAGAGGCCAAGCACAUCGCUGAGGAGGCUGACCGCAAAUAUGAGGAGGUGGCCCGUAAGCUGGUCAUCAUUGAGGGAGACCUGGAACGUGCAGAGGAGCGCGCUGAGCUGAAUGAGAGCAAAUGCUCUGAGCUUGAGGAAGAGUUGAAAACUGUGACCAACAACCUGAAGUCACUGGAGGCCCAGGCUGAGAAGUACUCACAGAAGGAGGACAAAUACGAGGAGGAGAUCAAGGUCCUCACCGACAAGCUCAAGGAGGCUGAGACUCGUGCUGAGUUCGCUGAGAGAUCUGUAGCCAAGCUUGAGAAGACCAUUGAUGACUUGGAAGAGAAACUGUCACAAGCUAAAGAAGAGAACCUCGAUAUGCACCAGAUGCUGGACCAGACUCUAAUGGAACUGAAUAAUUUGUGAAAAGCACGGUCUGACCCCACACGCACUGUGGUUUUGGCUUUUUCUACUUGCACCUUGCUUACAUAAACCCCCUCUUCUCGUACCUUGCCCAUGGUGGAGAAGAAUCAGCCAGAUGCUAUUCCUAUUGCACCGUCCUGCCUUCAGCGGAACUCGAUCAAGGAGAAAAGCUAAGGGGAAGAAAAACUUAACCAUUCCCAAUGAAGAAGCCUAAACUGAGAAACAAGAUUGAUUUAGCAAGCCAGUUUUUAAAUCUUGUAAUGGUGUCUGCCUUUUUGCAAUCCUUGAGAUUUAUUUUCUUUUUUUU